UUGGUGACAAGGACAAACCAACAUAAUUUACUAGAUAGUACUUGUGUGUAAGAAGCAUCAAAUAUGCUGACUGAUAUAUUCAUAAAAAAGGAGUGUUGGAUUCUGCUUAUUAGUCAUUCCUUCAAUAUUAGUUGUUGAGGAAGCUAGCCAUGACAACAAGUAGUGUAAAGCUUCUAGGUGUAUGGGCAAGCCCAUACGUGAACCGGGUUGAAAUAGCCCUCAAGAUAAAGUCUAUUGAAUCUGAGUUUAUACAAGAAAAUAUGUUAAACAAAAGUGAGUUGCUCCUCAAAUCCAACCCUGUUUACAAGAAAAUCCCUGUCCUGUUCCAUGACGAAAAGCCCAUCUGUGAGUCACUUGUUAUCCUGCAGCACAUCGAUGAAGCUUGGCCGAGUGGCCCCUCCAUUCUUCCUUCUGAUCCCUAUGAUCGUGCCAUAGCACGGUUUUGGGCAUCCUAUAUAGAUGAAAAGUGGUAUCCAUUGAUAGUGGACUUCACGAACGCAGAAGGAAAAGAAGCAAAAGCAGCUGUGCAAGAGAAAAUGUCUGAAGGGAAUUUGCUGCUGGAGGAAGCUUUUAUCAAGAUCAGCAAAGGUAAAUCUUUCUUUGGUGGAGAUAGAAUUGGUUACCUUGACAUUGUUCUUGGUAGUUUACUGGGAUGGGUGAAGGCAAUCGAGAUGAUGAAUGAAACGAAGAUACUAGAUGAAAUCAAGAUGCCUAGUCUAGCAGAAUGGGAUGGGAGAUUUUGCAUGGACAAUGUUGUAAAGGAUAUCAUUCCUCAGCCUGAGAAACUUGUGGAAGUUUAUCGCAAGUAUAUCAACAGGAAGAAAGCUACCUCAAAUUAAUAAUGUUGCUGAAUUCUGUCUGUGAUUGUAAAGGAAAGUGUCUCCUCCUAUAUCUUGUUUAAACGGACAAAAAUAAAAGAAGUUUGUUGUUCUUAAUGUACUAAGCAAACUCUCCUCGUUAGAGAUUUGUGCAUGCUGAUCAAAGAUUAAUGCAUAUGCAUUCCUGAACUACAGUUACAAUAGAAUGAGUCAAUUACAAAGGGAAAUAUCAUCCAUCGUCUGUCCAAAAUCAAAGAGCUUUUGUAAUUCUGCUUCAUAUUUGACCAUGUAUUUACUUUUACUUAGUGGUUACAUGAUAUUUUAAUCGCUUUAAUGAUGGAAA